CUGCUGCAGCCCAGGACUGCUCCGGAGCUCAUCCAAGCUGAAGAGCGACAGAAAAAAAUCACGAGAUGGGCCAAGGGCUCAGGACUCUGUCCUGGUAGCAACAAUGGGAAGAGGGAACACCUGAGGUGCCUGGGUCGCCUGGACUACACAUCUGAAUGCCCCUCCCCACCCUCCAGUUGUCUCGGUGACCUCCCGCCCGCGGGGCAUCAAUUCCUCCUCAGGUGCGCAGGAGGGGAACGCCAUGGAGGCGCUGAGCAGCGCAGGUCUGCAGCAGAAGUGAGGUGGUCCCGCCAGGAUCGGCGGGACCCGCGGAUCAUGUACGGAGACGUGUUCAACGCCACCAGCGGCCCGGAGGUAGCGGGAAGCGGCGCGCUGGCCCCCGGAGCCACAGUUAAGGCAGAGGGUGCUCUGCCUUUGGAACUGGCUACCGCGCGUGGAGUUCGGGACGGCUCGGCCACCAAGCCUGACCUGUCCACCUACCUGCUGCUCUUCUUCCUCCUGCUGCUAUCUGUGGCUCUCGUCGUCCUCUUCAUCGGCUGCCAGCUGCGCCACUCGGCCUUUGCUGCGCUGCCCCACGACCGCUCGCUGCGCGAUGCCCGUGCGCCCUGGAAGACGCGGCCGGUUUAGAGCAGACUGAAUCAGGCCCUGGGGCGCUUGGUCUUAGUCUCGAAGAGCCUCCAGCAGGAGCAGGGCAGGGUGGGCUCCAGAGUCGCUGGCCCCUGGGACACUUCGUCUAGAACUAAAAGACCCUUUCGGACCUGGAGAAUAAGUGAUGGCGGGAGAGCCGUUGAGGUUUGUGUGGGGUGCCUGAAAGUACUCCCCAGUCGAGUGCCCCCUUCUACCCUCUACAUCGGGUCCUGCCAGGAAACCAUCCAGAAAGAGGAGUACCCAGCCAGACAGGAGCCUGGCUUGCCUGGUGAGUUCCUGGCUUUGCUCACAGAGGGGCAGCAGGCACGGCAAGGGACUAACCAAGAGCUGCCUCUCCGGACUGGGCUCCCCAGCCCUAUGGCUGUCUCCCUGCAGUGGCUACCACCCCUCUUGCUCUUUGACCCUGGGGAUCCGAUAGGGAAAUAAUGCAAGGGUUCAUUGUGUCCAGCUCGGGUUCAACUACCUAGUUUCCUUUAAGAGCAGGGGCCCAGGGAGCUAGUGGAGGCGCAAAGGGUCACAGCUGCAGGGUCCUGCACGGGAGAGUCUGCACCUCAGGCCUCCACGGAUCAUGUUUCUACAAUAAAAUCUCACCAAAUUAAACCCAGCACUGAGAACACUGAUCAUUAGUUGCACCAUUUUGGAAAGGGAGUAUGAGCGGGUCUAUCUAGAGGGCCUAGACCGGAGGUAUCUUCUACUGCCAGGGCCGGUCUGAGCAUACCACCUCCUCCCUGGUUUUCCCCAGCAUUUCACCUGCUAUGGAAAGAGGGGUUUGUUUUGUUUUGUUUUGUUUUGUGGCAGACUCCAGGGAUAACUGCCAUCUGACCUGCUGAAUCAGUUCCUUCUAACAGGACCCCAUGGAGACCCUCUCUGCGAGGCAGGUCCUUCCCUCGCACCUUUGCUCUCAGAACCUUCUUGGGCCUGAAGCUUCUGAACCAGAGACAGGGCUUGGUGAAGGUAGGUCCUAAAAGGGGGAGAGGGCACUUCCUCCCAAGCAGAGAGAAGUCAGUCCCGAGAACUCCACAGGAACGGAGGACAAGGAGAUAGGUCUGGGGACAGCCUUGGCUAUUUUCAAAGUCAGCCUAAUUCCAGGUGGAUGGUUGGUUUUUGACACAGGGUCUCACAGCACUGGCUUGGAACUCAUGGAGGUCUGCCUGCCUCUGCCUCUGCCCCUGCCCCUGCCCCUGCCUCUGCCUCUGCCCCUGCCCCUGCCCCUGCCUCUGCCCCUGCCCCUGCCCCUGCCCCUGCCCCUCGAGGGCUGGGAUUAAGGGCAUGUGCUACCGUGCUAGGCCAGGAAGUUCUUUUCAUGGUCGUGUAAAAUACUCCCAGGAGCUACUUGGCUUAAAGUUCACUUCACUUGAGCUUAGGAGACAUUUUUACUGAAGAAGAAUCUGACAUAUUAAUCCAGUUAAUUCUCAGCCAUGCUGGAGUCAUGGGAACCUGAAGCAGGAAAAGCACAUUAGCCCCUGCCUGAAUGCAUACACACAGGAAGUCGGCAACAUUCAUAAGGGCUUUUAGACAUGUUCGGAUGGCCGGACAGGAGGCUCGGGCAGCCUAGGCAGGGUUCUCCACCAUGCCUCCUACCCCUAUCCUAGGAAGCCAGGGAGGAGGCAGGCGGUGGCAGGAAAGUUUCCAGGUGUGGGGUUGCUCACAAAGCCGGCAGGCUCUAGCUAGCACAACCCACUCCACAAGCUCCCCAGAGCAUUGUAGAUUAUAGGAAACGGAGCCAAACAUCUUCAAGCCUUUGGUAAGGAUAAGCCAGCUAAUCCACAGGCAAUGUGGCUGCAGAGACUUCAUGAGCAUAGACGAGCAAACCACGAGCCCCUAGCUGGCAUACCAAAAUCACAUGCUCAAGACUGGGGACUGGGAAGGAUGGGAAUAUUGUGUAGAAGGGCAUUCUACUACACCCCAGCGGCCAGCUUUGAAGGUGAUGUGCUGAGCCAGUCCCAACUCUGUCCUGACCCUCUGGCUUUACAUGCCAACUUGUCUCUCAAAAGCCAUAUGAUCUUGUGUGAACUAUUUAACCUAUAUCCUGUGGCCUCUUCUGUGAAAUGGGUAUGGUAUCACCAAGCUCUGUCAGGCAGCAUACUAAACCAGUGUAAAGGCCUGAACAACGCUCCCACUGAAGAAUUAUCAAAUGCUAAAGAUGGUUAAAUUGAGAUACAGACGUGAGGCAGCACUGCUGAGGAGAGAAGCUGACUCCCAGACAGGAUGUGCUCACCUGACUUCUGUGGCCACAAGGAAAAACAACGGCUGGUCCCCUCAGAGAAGAACAUGACUGAGUAAUAGGUUACGAAGUUAGUCACCUGUGGGUUCCUAAACCACUAUCAGCAAUAGCCACAAUGAUGCAUAGCCAUUGGGACCCCCUCAUAGCACCAAGGUGGCCAAAGGUGCUAAGAUAGACACAAGCUGGAACACAUGUCUCUAGAACAUGGCUGUGGCUACUUUCAGUAGAUGCUUCUGGAAUACAGUCUCAGAUAACUGGGCCUACAUGGAGCUGGAAUCUAGAAAGCAGGCCGAGUGAGAGGGAGCCCCUUGUGCCAGCACUUUCUGAAUGACUCUACCUAUUUCCUGGGCUGGCUGAGCAGCAAUGGUUCUUCUUUACGUGGGACUGGGGUUCCCCAGGGACAGCAGGAUGUGGCCGAAUUCCCAUCUCCUCUGCCGAUAUGUAAGCCAGUGGACUACAAUGGGAUUACAAUUUAGUAUUGUGGGCAGAGUGAUAGGUAUGCUCUCCCCAAUCUGAUGUCAAGGUCCUGAUUCCCAGAACGGCUGCAUUUUCAGGGAACUGGAGCUUCCUGAAGACAGGGGUGAAGCCCUCACGUACCCCUCACUCCCCGUAGCUGAGAAGGCUAUGUGUGCACAUACAGAGAUGCUGGCCAUCUUUGAACCCUCUUCCCAAACUGACUUAACCAGAAUCUUCAAACCGGACUUCUA